AUGAACAACUUCAAUUUCGAUUUCGGAAUCGGAUCAAACAGACCCAAAUCUUUAAACGAUCAAAAGAACCCAAACCCAUCUACCUAUUCAUCUUCUACAACACAUUCUAAGCCUACGUGGCAACCCAAUAAGCCAUCAUGGACCCAUCAACCGGCACCAGGCCAAUCAAUGGCCCGACCCGGUGGCUUAAAUGGACCCACUUCUAUGGUGGGUGAUAUAUCAGGGAAGAGCUGGAGUUCGGGUGUGGAUUCGGGUAUUGGGAUUGCUGAAAAGAAUCCGAAUUUGUUUGGAGAUCUUGUUACUUCUGCUAUGGGAAAUGAUAAGGUUAGUAGUAAUAGGAACGUUCCUUUGAAAAAAUUGGGCAAUUUGCCUGAUUCUUUGCCGAAAACGAGUGGACCCACCGCCAAGAGUAGUGGAGUUUGGGGAGGUAAUGAUAAUUUGGGUGGUGAUUCUGGUGGUUAUAAUCGAAAUAGUGGUAAUGCUAAUGUUAGUGUUGGCGUCAAUAAAAGUUCGAAUCUUUGGGGGUCGUCGAUGAAGAAUAUGAGUGGAGGUGGAGUUGGAGGUGGAGGUGGAGGUGGAGGUGGAAUGAGUGGAAGUAAGGACCCUUUUGGUUCUUUGGUUGAUUUUGGAAUGAAUCAGAAACCAGGUAGUCUUAAUUCGGCUAGUAAAGAUAAUAAGCCAUCCGGCAAUGCUGGUGAUGAUGCAUUUGGUGUAUUUCAAAAUGCUUCGAAAUCAAGUGCGAAAUCGGUUCUCUCAGAUAGUGUUGGUGCUAGCAAUAAUGAUUUCAUGGGAUCAAAUAUGAGUUCCAAGUCCAAUAUUGAUGACUUCGGAAUGUUCAACAAUAACUUUCCUACUUGUAAGCAGCAGACUCCGGUUCAACCUUCAGCUUGUGAUCCACUUGACAUGUUCUUUACACCAUCCACUGGAAAUGCUACAACUAUAUCGGGAGGAUUGGGAGGGCAGCCAUUCUCAGAAGUUGAUGAUUGGGGAUUGGAUUCUGGGCUUGCAGAGGGAGCUGUGGAUGAUUCACCUGGUGCCACCACUGAGCUUGAAGGGCUUCCACCUCCUCCCGCUGGGGUAACAGCUUCUGCAGCAAAGAACAAGGGCAUGGACAAUCAAAAACAGGGGCAAUAUGCAGAUGCUAUCAAGUGGCUGUCUUGGUCUUUGGUACUUCUUGAGAAAACAGGUGACAAAGCUUCCACCAUGGAGGUCUUAUCAUCCAGAGCUUCGUGUUAUAAAGAAGUUGGAGAGUAUAAGAAGGCAGUGGCUGAUUGUUCAAAGGUGCUCGAUCACGAUGAUGCAAAUGUAUCUGCUCUUGUACAGCGUGCGCUCCUGUAUGAAAGUAUGGAAAAGUAUAGGCUUGGAGCAGAAGAUCUGCGGGUUGUUCUGAAGAUUGAUCCUGCUAACAGGGUUGCAAGGAGUACCAUUCACCGUUUGACCAAAAUGGCAGACUAA